AUGGCUGAAAAUGAGGUGUUCCAUCUACUAGCCAACUUUGUUGCACACUUCCUCCAACAAGAGGUGAAUUUAUUGAGCGGAGUUCGGGGAGAGAUUGAAUACAUCAGAGAUGACUUCGAGCGCAUGUCCACUUUCCUCGGUGUUGCUGAUGCUAAGGAAGAAAAUGUCCAAGAACUCAAAGUUUGGGUCAAACUAGUCCGUAAUGCUGCUUAUGGCACUGAAGAUGUUAUUGACAAAUUCAAGCUUCACCUUGCACAUCAUCAUGACAAUGGAUUCCGUGGAUUUCUUCGUAAGAUUCCCCGCUUCAUCAAGACUUUAAAAGCUCACCACCAAAUUGCUUCUGAGGUACUAAGGAUCAAGUCCAAGGCCGUCAGAGAUACCAAGAUAGAUAUGGUAUACCAGAAGGCUCAAGGUCCACUAUUGUUAAUAAUUCAUGGAUUAGGCAAAACAACCCUGGUCAAAAAAGUCAACGAUAAUGAAACGGUGAAGAAACAUUUUAACAGCCAUGCUUGGCUCACUGUUUCCGAGUCAAUCAACAUUGCGGAUCUCAUGAAGGACAUGAUUCAACAACUCUUCACUGAAAUCCUGCAACCAGUCCCUUCUGACGUUGAAACAAUGAGCAUUAACAGGUUGAAAGGAAUGGUUAAAGAUUUUCUGCAACAAAGGAGGUAUGUGGUUGUUUUCGAUGAUGUUUGGAAAGUUGGUGUUUGGGAUGCUGUCAAAUCUGUGCUGCCUGACAACAAUUGUGGCAGUUGUGUCAUUCUUUUAACUUGUUUAUCUGAUAUAGCUUCUAGUACCUAUUGCAAUGAAACUGAUGGUAAUGUCUACACCUUGAUGCCCUUGUCCACAGAGGAGUCUUGGAUGCUUUUUUGCAACAAGACUUUUCGAGGGAACUUAUGCUCUCCACACUUGAAGGAAAUUUCCCAUAAAUUCCUUAAAAUUUUUAAUGGAUUGCCGCUUGCAAUUGUUGUGAUAAGUGGUGCUUUGGCUAUAAAGGACCAGAGUAGAAUAGACGAAUGGGAAAUGAUAUAUCGCAACGCUGAAUUAGAUUUAGAGGGCAAUGACAGACUAGAGAGCAUGCAAAAAGCACUCUCUUAG